AUGCGAGAAGUACUGCUUGCGGUACUUUUAGCAACCUCCAGUGCCUUCGACUACGAUGACCAGUUCCAGGAGUUCAUCACAACCGAGACAGGUUUGAUUUAUCGAAAAUUGUAGAAUUAUUUUGGAUAUAUUUAGAUAAUCAUCUCGUUUUUUUUUUUCUGAAUAGCUUCUGUAAAUAACCCGCAAGAAAAAAAUAGCCGCCGAAUUUCGGAGCACUUGCGCUCCAUAGAUAAUUAGUGAAAACUUACUUUAUUAACGUCCGAUUUAUUUUUUUCAAGAGAAUGAAACGCUCAAACGUUCGCGCCCUAUAGCUAAUUAUAAGUGUAUUUUUUGCCUUUUCGAGAAUUUUCGGACUUUUUUGGAUGCUGGAAUUUCUCAUUACCGUAAAAAAAAGCAUAAUGAAUUCAUAUUUUCCUCUCACUCAGUACAAUCUGACUAUUAUGAACCGUUUCAGGACGUCUCUAUAAAGACAUGAAAAGCCAAUUAUUCGGCCCAUGUCAAGAAUAUUCAGGUUUUGUUGCUACUAACAGAGAAAGAGUGUAGAAAUCCCACUAAUCGAUAACUUUUUCUGUAAAAAGUAGAAGAGUCCUCCUGUUUCUGUCUUUUCCCACUCAAAUUCUGAAUUCCUGCCCCCAAUCAAUGAAUUUGGUUCAGAACGAGGUCUGUUCCCGAAUAUUUUCAACUUGGCCACAAAUUCACUGAUCAACUCCACGGCCACCUGUGGACAGUACAGUCGGGAGGAGUACUGUAAGCUGGUGGAGCACGUUUUGUUGCGAGCAACUACCAAUACUCAGUUGGUUAAUUUCGAUUUCAUAUUUCAGGAGGGUGAAUUUAUUUGUACACUGGGAUUCUCUGAAAGAUGGGGAAAAUUCCCCCCGUCCGAACAAGCCCCUCCCCACCCAACAAGGCAAAUUUCGACUUUCGGAUACAGCCCCCUCCACGUCCGAACAAGCCCCCCAUUAAGGCAAAUUUCGACUGGGCGGGGGGAGGGGGAGCUAUAUUCUAUACUGAAAUCGCGCCCCCCCAUACAACAAAUAAAACCAACGGAUCAACGAAAAUCUAAAAAAAUACGGCUUUCCUUCAAAUCGUUUCGAGACCCGUUAAAAAAAUAAUUUCACCUACUGGAGGGGGGAGGGGGCUGAUUAUGAACCCGUACUUCUCGAAAAAAAUAAAAAAAGUUUUUGAAGGUUGUGUGCACCAGAGUGAGCAGGGGGGCUAUUCCCUAGACCAGUUAGGGGGGGCGGGGGCUUUCCGGAAUGAUCCCGAAAAAUAGGCCAGGAUACUGAUAAUUAUACUAAUUGAAAGGAUAAACCCGUAAAUCUUCUUCUUAAUUUUCAUAAACGGACGCCUAAAAGUAGGGACCGCAAGCCAUUUCUUCAGAACGAUUCAAAAAAUAUGUUUUUCACAUUGUUCGAUAGAGGAGACUGUCCAUUUUCAUAAUCCGUUCAGUUUUUGAAAAAAGCUCCACUAAGAAAAAAGUUAUGGCCAAAAAACGAGCGCGCGCGGCGUUCAACUGGAGGCGAAAUCUCACGGUUUACCCGCUGCCGCACGCUUUCUUUUUAAAUGUUUUUGCGCGUUUCUGGACCGUUUUUAAAUCGGUUUUCUGUUCUGAGAGGUUGUCCGAACUGAGCCUCAUGUUUUGGUAUUAAUCUUUUGUACAAUCCUCAUAAGAAUUUUUUUGAUAAAAUAUCAAAAAAACUACCUAGAAAAAAAGGUCAAAGGGAUUUUUUUAGCUUAUUUUUUUCUUUUUUUCUACUCAGAAAAAAAUUAUUAUCAUUCGAUUUGGAAAAAAGAAAAAAUGAAAAUAAAUGUUAUUUCGAAAUAAAACAGGAAAAAAAGUGCAAUUUGACUUCGAAAAAAACGGCUCCUGCGACAUUUAAAAGGGCGCAUCGGUGUGUUUGACGCAAACACUGCUACGGACACUUGCACGGAAUCUUCCAAAAUUUCAAAAAAAAAUUGCCAUUUUUUCGAGGUUUUCAAAGCCGUUAUUUUUUUCGCGUCGAUCGAUUUUUUUCAUAAUUUUUUCAUUGAUAGAGUUUCGAACGCUUAAUAACAUAAUCAAAAGUAUAGACGCGAUCCUAUUCUCUCAUGCGUCAACGAGGCAGGCGAAAAAAAGGAGGUUUUGGUAAAAUUCAAAUAUAAUUUUGAUUCGCUGUCCCAAUAAUUAUUUUUCAUUUUUGAAUUUUUUUGUUUGUGAGCACAUUGUGAGUUUUUAAAUCAAAUAAAAAAAGUAUACCAUGUCGCUGAAAUUUUUUUCGCAUUUCAGCUUCAAAGUUUGGUGCCACUUUACAAGCUUUAAUAUUUUUUUCGCGUCGGUAGAUUUUUUUCAUUUUUCACUCAAAAAAAUAAAGAAAGUGUUAAUGUAUAACAUACUUAAAAUUUAGAAGCGUUCCUCACUUGGUUUUUCUGAAAACGCGACAAUUUUUGUGAAACUUGUCAGUUUUUUUCGUGUUAAAUCUUACUUUUUUUCGCUUAUUUUUGAAAAAUACAUAGUUUUAAAAAUAUUCAGUCUUGUAGAGCAUUGUCGAUUACAUAGAUUGAGAGAAACAGUUGAUUUUCAAAGUGGGACUUUAGCUAGUAUAAACGCCUCAAAACCGUUUUUGCAACAAAAAAAUCGUCAUUUUGGUGGCGUGAACGGGCGGGGCUUUGCGCCCCCUACCUAAAAGUCGGAGAAAAUGUCUGAUUUUGAGCCCUCCCUUCUCGAAAAAUGGAAUCUUUUGAAGGUUUCAUGCACCCUUUCACGAUCCCAUUCUCUAAAAGUACUAGAACCAUCAUCAUUUCCAGAUCGCCCCAAUGCGACAUUUGCGACGUCAACGACGUCCACAAAAGGCACCCCAUUGAAUAUGCGAUCGAUGGAACCAGAAGGUACUUUUUCAUAUAUUUACAAUCAAUCAAUGAAUCUUAAGAUGGUGGCAAUCGCCAUCUUUGGCCAACGGACUAAAAAUUCGAGAAAGUCAACAUCACGAUUGA